AUGAACUCCACCCAUCACCAUGGAAUGCACACUUCUCUCCACUUCUGGAACCACAGCACCUACGGACUGCACAGCAAUGCCAGUGAGUCCCUUGCAAAAGGCUACUCGGACGGAGGGUGCUAUGAGCAACUUUUUGUCUCUCCUGAGGUGUUUGUGACUCUGGGUGUCAUAAGCUUGUUGGAGAAUAUUCUGGUGAUUGUGGCAAUAGCCAAGAACAAGAAUCUGCAUUCACCCAUGUACUUUUUCAUCUGCAGCCUGGCUGUGGCUGAUAUGUUGGUGAGCGUUUCCAACGGGUCAGAAACCAUUGUCAUCACCCUGUUAAACAGCACGGACACGGACGCACAAGGUUUCACAGUGAAUAUUGACAAUGUCAUUGACUCGGUGAUCUGUAGCUCCUUGCUUGCAUCAAUUUGCAGCCUGCUUUCGAUUGCUGUGGACAGGUACUUUACUAUCUUUUAUGCCCUCCGGUACCAUAACAUCAUGACAGUUAAGCGGGUUGCGAUCAUCAUCAGUUGUAUCUGGGCAGCUUGCACAGUGUCGGGCAUUUUGUUCAUCAUUUACUCAGAUAGCAGCGCUGUUAUCAUCUGCCUCAUCACCGUGUUCUUUACCAUGCUGGCUCUCAUGGCUUCUCUCUAUGUCCACAUGUUCCUCAUGGCCAGACUUCACAUUAAGAGGAUAGCCGUCCUCCCAGGCACUGGCACCAUCCACCAAGGUGCCAACAUGAGGGGGGCGAUUACCUUGACCAUAUUGAUUGGGGUCUUCGUUGUCUGCUGGGCCCCCUUCUUCCUCCACUUAAUAUUCUACAUCUCUUGUCCCCAGAAUCCAUACUGUGUGUGCUUCAUGUCUCACUUUAACUUGUAUCUCAUCCUAAUCAUGUGUAAUUCCAUCAUUGAUCCUCUAAUAUAUGCACUCCGGAGCCAAGAACUAAGGAAAACCUUCAAAGAGAUCAUCUUUUGCUAUCCUCUAGGUGGCCUCUGUGAUUUGUCUAGCAGAUACUAA